UUUCGGAAACAAGCGAGAACGACGUCGGGGCCAGAUUUCGUCAUGAAGCCAGCUACACAACUCGGGUGCCUGGCGCUGCUGUGCGGCGUCUCCAUGGUCUUCUCGCAAGGCUAUGGCGGCGGUGGCGGUGGUGGCUACGGCGGUGGAGGGGCCGGAGGCGGCUAUGGAGGCGCCGGGGCUGGCGCCGGCGUCUCUUACGGAGGAGCCGGAGGAGGAGGUGGAGGCUAUGGUGGAGGAGGCGACGGCGGCUACGGAGGAGGCGACGGCGGCUACGGAGGAUCCGGCGGUGCAGCAGCUGGCAUCUACGACGCCCCCGCCGGCGGCGGCAGUUACGGCGGCGCUGGCUACGGCGGAGCUGGAGCUGGUUACGGCGGCGCCGCUGGCGGAGGCGGUGCCGACUACGGUGCCGCCACUGGCGGAGGGGCAGCCUAUGCCGGCGGCGCCGGAGGAGGCGCCGGAUACGGUGCCGCGGGCAACCCUUACGGCGGAGCCUUCGACUUCACCAACAACGUCAACCACGCCGUAGCCUCCCCGUCAGCCGGUGGAUACGGAAGCGCUACUGAGGGUGCGGCCUACGGAGCGGGCGGAGCAGGUGGUGGAGCGGGUGCCUACGGCGGCGGCGCCGGUGGUUACGGCGGGGCCGGCGGAGCGAGCGCUGGAGGCUACGGCGGAGGAGCUGGUCUCGUCGCCGGUGGCUAUGGGGGAGGCGCCGGGGGAUACGGAGGAGCCGGAGGCUACGGCGGCGGCGGCGGUCAGGUGCAGGCGGCCCCCGGAGGCUACGGAGGGGGGGCUCAGGCCGGCGGCUACUAAGGCCGGCUCGGAUGCACCUCCGCGGGAAAGGGGCGCCCGGACCAAAGUUGCGCGGCUGCGGUGAGCCACGAGGAACUUCGAAACGCGCACUCCUGGAGUGGCGUGGCUGGAUCAGCACUCGAGCGUGGCGUUUUGGAAGAUGGUGGCACUAUUGUUGGGAGUGUACGGCGCCGAGCCGUUCUGUUCGAGGGCGCACGACACUAUGCUAUAGAUGGAGCGCCACCAACUCUUGCGUUUAAACGAGCGCACCCGCAUGUACCGGUUUUUAGAAGUGCGUCGACGCAUGUUUCAUUGUUCCGCAGGCAGCUGCACCGCCUUUACUGGACGUCCGAAGCAUGAGUCGGUAGGCUGGAAACGGUUGAGUAUCCAUUCUUUGAGGUAAAUGCUUCUCAAAAAAGAAGAAGCUCGUUAAAUGCGCAAACUUGUUUUGGACUCUGUGUGUGCUCGGAUGAGAAAAGAGAGCUCCGUGACUAGAACUUGUAAAUUUUAGUUAGGCUGUAAUUUGUUGCAAUCAUUCUUUUUGUAACAAAUGCAACUGAGAGGGAAAUUCCUCCUUGGAAAAGAAAGCUUUCCUUAUGUAGUUUGGUGGCGCUCCCAUUAGCGACUCAGUCGAAAACUCCCGAACUCGGUGAGCCGUAAAAAAAGUGUUUAAGAAACAAAAAUAGCAGAUUUGAUAUGGAUCAGUUUUCUGUGGAGAAGUUAAAUUAUCUUGCUAUCUAAACGUCCUCUUCACAUGCGACUGAUUAAAAAAAAAAGACAAAGAUACAUCCCACAUAAAUAUAUAUCUGCUCAAGUGAGUUUCAAUUGUUACAGAAAAGUGCGUGCUAAUGUACCACAGUAAUAAAGAAUCUUAUUUCUUUCA